CAGUGCAGUCAGUCGCACACCUUCGCCCGCCACCGCUGGCUAGCCACCUCAUGGCCGCGGCGAAGGCCACCGGCUUCGCCGCGGCGGCGACCUCCGCAGUGUUCCGUAGCAACCAGGAGCUCACACGACUGGCGCGUUCGGGACAGCUGGCCGAGGCACGCCGCUUGUUCGAUGAGAUGCCCCACCGCAACACCGUCUCCUACAACGCCAUGCUCUCCGCGCUCGCGCGCCACGGCCACCUCGCCGACGCGCGGCGCCUGUUCAACGAGAUGCCCCGCCGCAAUCUCGUCUCCUGGAACGCUAUGAUCGCGGCCUGCUCUGACCACGGCCGUGUCGCGGACGCCCGGGAGCUGUUUGACGCAAUGCCCGUCCGGGACGACUUCUCCUGGACGCUCAUGGUCUCCUGUUAUGCACGCGCAGGGGAGCUCAAGCUUGCUAGGGAGACGAUCGAUCGAAUACCUGGGAAGAAGUGCACGGCGUGCUACAAUGCCAUGAUCUCUGGAUACGCGAAGAAUGGCAGGUUUGAUGACGCGGUGACGUUGCUGCGGGAAAUGCCAUCCCCUGACAUAGUUUCUUGGAACUCGGUGCUGGUCGGGUUGACCCGCAAUGAGAAAAUAGUUCGGGCGGUCCAGUUCUUUGACGAGAUGCCGCAAAGGGACAUGGUGUCCUGGAACUUGAUGCUGGAGGGUUAUGUGCGCGCUGGAGAUCUCAAUGCGGCUGCUGUCUUCUUUGAGAGAGUUCCGUCACCUAAUGUCGUUUCUUGGGUCACCUUGCUCAAUGGUUAUUGCCGGGCAGGGAGGAUAGGUGAGGCGAGAGAAUUGUUCGACGGAAUGCCUGAACGGAAUGUGGUGUCUUGGAAUGUGAUGCUUGGUGGGUAUUUGCGGCUUUCGCGCAUGGAUGAGGCCUAUAGAUUGUUUGCAGAGAUGCCAGAUAAGAACUCAAUUUCAUGGACGACAAUGAUAAGUGCAUUAGUGCGUGCUGGUAAGCUCCAAGAAGCAAAGGAUGUGCUGAACAAGAUGCCUUUCGACAGUUUUGCAGCAAAGACUGCACUGAUGCAUGGCUAUCUGCAGAGCAAGAUGAUCGAUGACGCACGCCACAUCUUUGAUGCACUUGAAGUCCGAGAUGCUGUGUGCUGGAAUACGAUGAUAUCUGGCUAUGUCCAUUGUGGAAUGCUUGACGAGGCCAUGGUGUUGUUCCAGCAAAUGCCAAACAAGGAUAUGGUUUCUUGGAACACCAUGAUUUCUGGCUAUGCCCAUGAUGGUCAAAUGCGCAAGGCAGUAAGUAUAUUCAGGAAGAUGAAUCAGAGGAAUGCAGUAUCGUGGAAUUCAGUUAUCUCCGGGUUUGUUCAGAAUGGGCUCUGUUUCGAAGCACUCCAAUAUUUCGUGCUCAUGAGAAGGGACGCAAAGAUGGCUGACUGGUCCACAUAUGCGUGUUGUCUCAGCGCAUGCGCGGACUUGGCUGCUUUGCAAGUCGGGAGGCAAUUCCACAGUCUACUUGUCAGGAGUGGGUACAUCAGUGAUUCCUGUGCUGGAAAUUCCCUGAUUUCUGCAUAUGCCAAGUGUGGACGGAUCUUAGAAGCAAGACAAAUAUUUGAUGAGAUGGCAGGUCAGGACAUUGUUUCAUGGAAUGCGCUCAUUGAUGGCUAUGCUUCUAAUGGCCGUGGGACCGAGGCGAUCUCCGUUUUCCGAGAAAUGGAAGCCAAUGAUGUCCGACCCGACGAGGUCACAUUUGUGGGUGUCUUAUCAGCCUGUAGUCAUGCAGGAUUGAUUGACGAAGGGCUGGGUUUCUUCAACUCGAUGACAAAAGAAUACUCAUUACAGCCUGUGGCAGAACACUAUGCUUGCAUGGUGGAUCUACUUGGAAGGGCUGGGAGAUUGAGUGAAGCCUUUAAACUUAUUCAGGGAAUGCAGAUCCAGCCUAAUGCUGGUGUAUGGGGUGCAUUGCUUGGAGCAUGUCGGGUACACAAGAAUGACGAGCUCGCGCAGUUUGCAGCCGAUAAGUUAUUUGAACUGGAACCUCGCAAGACUUCGAACUUUGUUCUGCUGUCUAACAUCAGCGCGGAGGCAGGCAAGUGGGAUGCAGCUGAAAACAUGAGGACCUUGAUUAAAGAAAGAGGAGUGCGUAAGCCGCCUGGUUUAUCUGGAUCGACGUAGAGAAUAAGGCCGGCACCGUCUCUUGUCAUGAAUUGCAUAAAUGAGUGCGGACGUGCUGAAGCGGAUGUUACCCGAGUCAGACUCUUGCCUGCUAAAUCCUGGUCGAACGCCAAGAUUUGGCAUUACAGCGUUAAUGCAACGCAUGUGCUUGAGGCAGUAAUGUAGCACAACUGUGGAGUGAGGACAGUAGGGUUUUGCACAAUUUAACUCUGAGCUUGAUUCUUCUUCUCUACUGAAUUCCCGCCAAAGCUCUGUGUUACUACUCGACGGCCGCGAUUACGAUGCUUCUGUCGGAGUAGAGAAGUCUUGAGCUCUAUACCAGUCUGCUUAGUAGGCAGCAGUUGGUACCCAAUUUCACCAGAAAUGCAGAAUGGGUUGCAUGGUUCAGUGCCAGCUGGCGAUUCCGGGAUAUCAUCACCGAGUUCACAAUUGUAGCCAUACAGACUCACACCCGUAUUCCAUUCUGGCGAUGCAGGGUUGACACCGUGUUUAAAUC